AUGGCACCUGUACACUUAGAAUCGCUUGCUUUUGCAAAAAUUAUUUUGCACGUUUCCAAAUAUCCACACGCCGCUGUCAACGGAGUUCUCUUGGGCGAUAUUGUUGGUGGGAAGCUUGUUAUUCGUGACUGUAUUCCCCUUUUCCAUGGAUGCCUUACUCUAACUCCAAUGAUAGAAGUUGCACUUACUCAAAUUGAAGUCUACUGUGAUGCAAUGAACUGGAAAAUUUGUGGCUACUAUCAAGCGAAUGAAACGCUAAAUUCCAACGAGCUAAAUCUGGUUGCCACGCGAAUUGGUGACAAGAUUUUCGAAAAUAGCAGCCAAGGCAAUAUAAUCAUCGUGCGCAACGAUCGUUUGCGAUCCCUCUCUCCUGAAGCUUUUUCACUCUACUGUAGGCGUGAUGGCAGUUGGCAGGAGACCUCGCGUCCUUCCGUUGAGCAAUCUGCCGCUGAGUUUGUCAAAUCGUUUUUGGACGAGUCCAUUAUAGAAGGCUUCGCUGACUUUGAUAAUCAUCUGGAUAAUAUUCUAAUGGAUUGGCGGAACAUUGGUUUUUUCCACCUCAAUGAAAUUGAUAAGGUUAAAUAA